AAGUAAAUAAUAAGUGAAUUACAGAAGUGAGGGAUGAACGUUUGGAACAACGCCGAGCAAAAUUAGAUGAUACACAAGGAAGUGGUUUGAAAGCAGCGUGUGUUCAUUGACAGUGGAAAAUAUUGAGCUGCUCCCACAAUGAAGCCUGAGGCUGGAGGGCUGGAGUGUCUCUACCUGGAUGUUUCUGGCCACGGCGAGGAGUCCGUCCUCCCCCUCCACUCCUCGAUAGUGCUCUUUGUCCUGUCCUACUGCGAGUCCAAGUCCUUUCGCGUGUUCCUGGUGCCCUCUCAGGCGAGCGACGGACAGCCGUGGAGGGGCCGUGUGCCGGCAGUCCUGGGGGCCUCGCAGGUCCGACGCCAAGACCUACCGCUGCUGGCGAGGAGCUGCCGGCUCCCGGCCGCGAUGGAAGCGGCUGGUGGGUUUUGCCGGGCCGGUCUCGCCGUAGUGCUGAGACACAUCCUCCAGCGGGCCUGCGAGGCGGAACCCGGCCGGAAGGACGUACUGGCUCUGCUCGGGUUCAAGAAGACGUGUCUGAAAGCUUGCGCUGAGGUGAGCCAGUGGACCCGGCUCUGCGAGCUCAGCAUCCCCCUGGCGGUGGAGGAGUUCCUACAACGGCCGAGCGUGAGGGAUUUCCCGGUGCCCGAUGCGCUCCUGCAGCUAGAGCGGAAGUUGGGCGAACCCGUUAAAGUGCACAACGAUGACAAGGUUCGCCGUCAGAAGCUCCAUUCGCAGCGGAGCAGCAACCCGGACCCCGGGGGGGUCGCAGCCGCUCGGGUCGCCGACGAGUCGGAACUCAGAGCUGCCAUGUCCAAACUGUCGGCGGAUGAAGUUCACCCUCCGGCCACCAGGGGGCCCUCUGACAUCAGGAAAGUGAAGACCACAGAACUGCCCCAGCUGGAGCAUGUGUUUGCAGAGGGCCUGUAUUUCACCCUCACUGAUCUGGUUCUGCUGCCCUGUGUGCACAACUACCUGCGCGCCCUGGAGCACCACAACGCCGCCAGGCUGCAGGAGAUCCCGCUCCUGCUCCGCUGGUACCACCGUGUCCAGGAGGUGCCCGGCGUGCGCAGAGCUGCUCGAGACUGUGGCAUCGGCUUCUUCGGCCCCCAGGCUCAGAGCUCCGCCCCCCCGGCUGUAGAGCCUCGAUGCAGCGAAGAGGAGCAGGGAAGCAGGGAGUCGGCACCGGGGACCUUCGUGGGCGGUCCGAGGCCAACUCUGACCAAACUGAAGGAGGGGGGCAUCGAGCCGGUGUUCUGUCCCCACCCCUGCCCGUCAUGGACCCUGGACUGGGACAACCUGCCAGCAGCCGUCGAUCCAGCCGAAGGAAAAAUGUCCAGUGUCCGAGCAGCAAGGAAACGACAGCAGCUGAAUAACCUGGUUGCUAUGGUGACGAGGCUGACCCGUCCUGGAGAUACGGUGGUGGACUUCUGCAGCGGCGGCGGGCAUGUGGGGAUUGUCCUAGCGUACACACUUCCUCAGUGCCAGGUAGUUCUGAUAGAAAACAAGGAGGAGUCCUUGGUUCGAGCAAGGAGCCGAUGCACUGCGCUGGGUCUGAAGAAUGUGGGCUUCGUUCAGGCGAAUCUCGACUACUUCACCGGACCCUUCCAGAUAGGGGUGGCGCUGCACGCCUGCGGUGUGGCCACAGACAUGGUCCUGGAGCACUGCAUUCGGGCUGGCGCUGCCUUCGCCGUCAGCCCCUGCUGCUACGGUUUUGUCCAGAACACGCUGAAGUUCUGCUUUCCCAGGAGUAAGCGGUUUUCGGACACGCUGAGCUAUAAGGAGCACAUGAUUCUGUGCCGGUUUGCAGACCAAACGGCCCCCCAGCUGCCUCCCGACCGGCGAUUAAUCGGAAAGCAGUGCAUGGGCUUGGUGGAUCUGGACCGGGCCUGGGCUGCCGAAGCCAGCGGAUACUCGGUCGAGGUGAUGACCAUGGAACCCGAAAGCUGCUCCCCUAAGAACAACAUGCUGGUGGGCCUCCCGGCGGGACGCGCUCUUGCCUGAACCAGGGACGAGAGCUCUGAGGACAGACGUCUCCGGCCCGGGGGGGUCCUGGAGCCGGAAAUGCAGACUGAGCUCAUCGCUCCCAAGUCGCUGCAUCAAACGUCUUUCAUACGUGUAUAUUUUACACAUAUAUACUGCAUGUGUUUUAUUGUACAGCGAUGGUGUCACUGUGGCGCAGCAUGAAUUAUGCCGUUUUUCCAACGAAAAAGGUUUUAUGAAAUUUUAAUAACUUUAAAUAGGUUAUUAAAGCUGUUAAAUAGAUUUAAUGACCUGGUUUUUCAAAUUUAUUACAAGUAAUUUAAGGAAAUCAGCCCUGACGUUUUUUUUUUUAUUAUUAAAUCUGUCCUUAAUGAGCUCUGCGGAGCGGGACUUGAUACGGUACCCAAGGUGUGUGUCUCACCUGGAACGCAGUGUUUACGUGACCCUGAGAGUGACUUUGAGUGUCAAGGUAGGGGGAGCUCCAGGAUCUUCACGAACCUCUGGCCUGGCCCCCGGUGACCUUCCAGCUUGGUCGGCCUGACCGUGGUGAGGAACAGGAAGAGACCCUGGGGACGUAUGUGAGGGAUGAGUGUGUUAUUGUCAAAGGAGGGAAUCCGGUUUUUGAAAUGUUAUGUGGAAAGAGCCACAAGUGCAUUUUUCUACUGUUUAUUUAAUUAAAAAUGCAAAAAUCCAUCAUUAUUGUUUAUUUUAGGCGACACUUUGUCCUUGAAUGCCCUUGAUGUGGCUUCUGACAGCACGCGCAGGCGACAGCACGUGGGCGGACUCUACCUUUCAUCAUCCCCCGCUUCAAUUUCUUCAUUUUCACCCGGCAGGAAUAAAAUAAAUAAAUAAAUGAGCGACAGGGAGAUGAAUUCUGCGCGUUUCUGCGCAGCAUUUUGCAAAUUAGGGAGAUGCGAUUCUGUAAUGGUUGACAACAGAUUUUACAUGUGGCGUCACGACGAAACGGCAGAGCAGAACCAUCUGCCUCUGCCGUCACUGAAAAUAUGCAAAGUUAUUCAUGGGAAUGGGUCGCGCUUCCAUGGGAAACUUGGGGCAAAUCUAGCUCCACGUCCGUAGG